ACGGUGGACGAGAGGGAAGUAGGUAACUAAGGAAGGGGCCGCCGGGGGCAGCAACAGCAGCCGCGGCAGUAGCGGCGGCGGUGCCACCCACCAGUCCCACCAGCACCACCACAAGUACCAUCCCUGGCAGCUUCUCCACAUCAACCUGGUGGCGUGCUGAGAGAAGGAAGGUCACGCGGAGGAGCCCGGCCAGCCUCUUCCCACCUUCAAACCACCCACCGCAGCCCCAGACACCUUUCGCCUCCCGCACGUCGCCAAGCACGUUAGACAGGGCUGCGACGGCUCCUGACUUCUUCCCGUGCUGAGCACGCGUACCCGGCCAUGGAAAGGCAGGCACGUGGUUUGUUGGAGACUGAUCCACUGCAUGAACCUGUUGAAGAGACCAUCUCUCAUAUUGACCUCAAUAGUAUAUCUGAAGAAGAAAGAGAAGAGUUGAAGACUGAACUAGUUAAGCUAGAAGACGAAAUCUCAACUUUACGACAAGUGUUAACAGCCAAAGAGAAGCAUCUGGUGGAAAUAAAACAAAAGCUCGGCAUGAAUCUGAUGAAUGAGAUAAAACAGAAUUUUAGCAAAGGCUGGCAUGAAAUGCAAACUACAACUGCCUACAAGAAAACACAUGAAACUCUGAGCCAUGCAGGGCAGAAGGCGACGGCAGCUUUCACCAACGUGGGCACGGCCAUCAGCAAGAAGUUUGGAGACAUGAGGAAUUCUCCUACUUUCAGAUCAUUUGAGGAGAGGGUUGAGACAACUGUCACAAACCUUAAGACGAAAGUAGGAGGCAUCCCCAUGGGAGGGAAUUUUGAAGAAGUGCUCAGUUCCACAGCCCAUGCAAGUGCUCAGAGUGCUGCUUCAGCCCCUCGGAUGCCAAAGAAAGAAGGAGAGCUUCAAGGCUAAGAGACCUGGGGGGACCAUGCUACAGCCCGAAACUGCCACUCUGCCCCUGCUACAUGUUUUGUGUCAUUUCUUAUAGCCAAAUGUGAAAACCAAAAGUUUCUCUACAAUGUUGUACUUUUGGGGGAAAAAAAUCUAUCCAUAUUUGUACUUAAGAAUGAACCAUUCAGUGAUCAUUGUGGAUGCAGAAAGUGGGCCCUAUGAUGCUUAGAAUAUUCUAAAUUUCUCAAAUGAGCAGACAUGCAACUGGCCAUAAUAUCUCUUUCUGCCAUUCUGGAACAUAUUUUCCAAGUACUAACCUUUUAGUCCUCUUGAUUUAGUUUGCUUUCCCUUAAGUUUGUCUCUUUUAGCCAUGUGUGUCCAUGGGGAUGUGUGUGUGUGUCAAUGUAUGUGUCCUUAAAAUCCCAUUGCAUAACACCUUUUCAAGCCCAAUCUGGGAAAGUGCAGAGUACUGCUUACAUAACCAUUUUCAGCUAUAUGAAGUAUUCCAACUACUUGUCUCCUCCCAGCCCUGGCACAUAUGUAAAUUAUAUGUAGUAGUUUAAGGGAUUAGCUAAAUGAUUUUUGAAAGUAUAAGGCAAAAACUUUUUUUUCAAGUAAGCAAUGAUCUUGAAAAUUCUUUUUCUUAGCUUUUAUUUCUAGUUUUUAGAAUUUAUUCAGGUCAAAGAACAGCUGUCAGACUUCUAGCAAUUGGCUAUUUUCCAUUAGGAAAAUGGAGGAAGAACAGUUCUAUGACCCCUUGAUAUCCCAGUAUAAUAAAACUAAUAUAAAAAUAUAAACAUCAGAUUUUCUGCUGUAAGUGGCCUUCUACUUUCACUAUAUGCUUUCUUUUUGUUCCUCUUGAAUGGGAGGAGGUUAUAUACUUUUCACUAAAUACCCAUCACCUUAAGAUAUAUUGCAGCUUAUUCAAAUUUUUCUAGUUUAGUAAAACUACAUAAGAUAUAUUAAAAGUUUACUCAUUGGUGAAUUUUUUUGCUCUCAUUGCUAAUUAGAGUUGGGUGUAUAACAUUCUACAUUGAAAUAAAAUCAAUGGUUGAUAACAUGUAAUAAAAUUCAGGCUAUUUGAAGUAUGUGUAUAUAUAUAUAUAUGAAGUAUAUAUAUAUAUAUCUGUGGCUGGUCCUUCACCAUUAGGAUUUAGAGCCACAGCCCUAAACCAAUUGGGAAUAUAUUGUGUACCUACAGACACUGUCAAGAGAAAACAUCACCAUUUCCCCCUUUUUUGUUCUUUUCAGCUUUUGGACUCCCAACUCCAAGCCUAACUCUUAGUGCUUUUUGUGAAGGAUAAGAAUAUCAUAUCAAAUCAGGAAAAUGUCAUUAAUUUGUUUCCUUAAUUCAGCCAGAGCUGGGCUGGGGAUUUUCUGCACACUGUUGUCAGAAAGAUUUCAUGAGUACUUAAUCUACUUAAGGGAAUGAAUUGUUUUUAAGGACUCUAGCACAUUAAAUAUUCCUAAUUCAUUCAACAUUAAGCACCUAAGCUGUGCAAGCCACUGUAUUAAGUAUUGAGGAAUUUGCAGUCUAUGGAUGCUACUAAUUAAAAUCUAUUUAUUCAUUAAAGUAGGAUUUCUCCUUAAUAUAUAGUUAGCAGUUACUCUGGAUCCCAUUAUUUAUUUCAGUAAUAAAGGACCAUUGUUUCUUAAACACCCUGUAAUGGCAGAGUUUUCACUGGGCUCCUCCCUUCAAUUAAUGAAGCUUUGUUGUACUAAGCAGCAUAUGGCUCUUUGGCUAAUCUUUUAGCUCCUCAAAUUGUAUUUACAUUUUGAUAGGGAUGUAUGUACCAACCUUGAUUUAUAAAACACAUACAACACUCAGACCAGUUCCUUCUCCAGUUGUAGGUUUCAUGUUCUUACUACCUGAUCUCUCAAAGCCUUUCUCCUUUUCUUCUUGAUUUGCAUUCUAAUAUUCAUGUCUGCUGUCAAGUUCUUCACUCUGUGAACAUCUAAAUUCAUGUUUCUUUUAUAGAACACAUGAAAUGCCUCUUUCAUAUGGUUGCUUGUUAGAAUGUUAUACAAAAAUGUAAGUUAUCCAUUUGAAAAUAUGAAAAGCUAAAGCAUAGCCUAGACACAAACUUCACUUUUACUAAAAAUCAAAAUUGUAAUUCAGUACUUUGUAUACAAAGUGAUACCUUUUAAUAAACAGCUUCAGAUGAGUAAACCCUAACACUCCAGAAGCAGGCAUCUACCAAUUUUUAAAGGCAACUCUUGCAAUGGAAAAUAUUAGUCAUAAAGUUAUGUUUCAAUUAUAUUUUAUGGAAUAUAUAUAUCUCAUCAAAAUUAUGAGUUUUGCUAGAUUAUGCCAGCAAAGCAAUUGGCAUCCAAACGGAAUUAUGUAUUUCCCUACACAUUUGGUCCAGAAUCAUAUAAAGUGUAAUGACUUGCACACUUUAUUCAAGAUGUUCUGAAAUACUGCACUGUUCACAACAGUUAAAAUGGAAAGAGUGUUUGUGGCCUUUGAUGCUUUUAUUUCUUUACUAUUUGUAGUUUCAAAUUUUUCUAUCCAUCUGAAAGUUUUCAAGUUAAAGUAUACUAAGGUGAAUAAACAUGGCGAACUAAGUCACAUAAAUACCUUCAUUCAUUUGGAAAUUGGAUUCUGAGGAUGGUAAGAGGAAAGUAGUGGGGUGGAGGACAUGUGAUCAGUUUUAUGUAAAAUCAUUUCUGCCAAUCUAAGUGUAAAAUAAAAUUUCUAAACUAAUUAAAAUGUCAAUCAAAA